AUGAAUUCCUUGGCUGAUGAUACUUUCUCCUAUGUAUUAAACCCAAAUAACGUCCUGGAAGAUGACGUCGUGCGAGCAUUUCAUGAAAAAUUGUCUCGUCAUACAUCUUUCCGUCCACGGGAAGUGAGUCUGUUCAGGUUCCCGGAACUCAUUGAGCCUGUGCCACCAAAUGAGUCUCAUCUCCAAAUUAUUUAUGAUGGUGAUGUGGGUUCAAUAGGACACUGGUCUUGUAUUUAUUAUAUCAAUGGUAUACUACGCGUGUACAAUAGUCUUUAUAAUUGUUUAAAGCCAACUCAAAAAACAUAUAUUAAUGCAUUGUUUCCAUACCUAGCAGAAUUUAAUAUUCAAUUUCCUAGCGUGCAAAGUCAACUCAAUGCAAUAGAUUGCGGGCUUUAUGCAAUAGCUUUUGCCACUUAUUUAGCGCUUAAAAUGAAUCCCUCUCUACACAAUUACGUACAAGAAAUGAUGAGAUCUCAUUUGCGCUGUAUGAUUUUGAGUAACGAUUUUUUGCCUUUUCAAUCUACAGCUAGACCUGUUAAUUGA